AUGUUAAGCAUUAAGAAGAUUAAUUAUUAUCGCAUCUGCGAAAGGUUCGCUGUUGUUCUGUUGCACGCUGACCCUUGCGGUGAACGGUUACGUGAAAUCCCACCAUAUUACAUGUCUGUUACUUGGGAUCAAGAAGCAGUACAAGAACUUCACGUACCUUCACUAGCAAGUGAAGUGUCAAAUAUCUUUACUAUUUCGCUCUUAUUACUGUUGUGUGCUACUGGUUUACUAGGAAUGUGGAUAUGGAGUUUUUUGAUGUGCUUGCUUUAUGUAUAUGCCGACGUGUUUUUGUGCACCGCCAGUAUUGUUCACAUGUCUGUUAUUUCAUUAGAUCGAUACUUCGGAAUUUCGAAACCUUUAAGAGCUCGAGAUAAAUCAGAAACAUCGAUAGCGGUAAAGUUAGCUUCUGUCUGGAUAAUAACGACACUGAUCUCCUGCCCAAUUGCUAUCAUGGCCCUUAUUGAUUCGAGCAAUAUAUUUAACGAUAAUACAUGUCGCAUUACCAACCGUUACUACAUGAUUUAUGGAUCAAUAUUUGCAUUUUUGAUACCAUUUCUUAUUAUGGCAGUUACUUAUAUCCGCACUACAACUCUUCUCAAACAACAACCAACAAUUAUCAGCCAUCAAGGCGUUGCUACUAACAAUCAUACCGAAUCAGUCAUCCUAAGACGUACCCAUACGCAACGCAACUAUAUUCCCGAAAAUCUUCGAAAUGUUAUCUCAUGUAAACGAAAUAAAGAGAUGAUAGAACGUCCGCUGCAGACAACUUUGCUACCGAUAUAUUCCAAGAAGGAAGUAAAAUUGCUUGAAAAAAAUCGCUUAAACUUUCGAAGACGUGCAGAAAUGGUAAUCAUAGCCAUAGGUGAUAAAAUAUCCAGAAAAGAAGUAAUUCCAAAGCGCAACACAGAACUCACCAAUGAACAUAAGGCAACAUGCGUACUAGCUAUUGUAUUCGCAUGUUUUUUUAUUUGUUGGGCACCAUUUUUUUGUGCCAAUCUUGCAUUUGGCUUUUGCGGCGAACCAUGUGCCUUACCGCCGACGAUGGAGUUUUUUUUCCUGUGGUUAGGAUAUUUCUCGAGCAUCAUCAAUCCUCUUAUUUACACCAUUUUUAACAGGACCACAGUUGAUAGACCCGAUUCACAGUGGGAACAAGACCGCUGCACUGCCCUAAGCUAUAACACAAAUCUACAUGAGCGGAAACCUUCACGACAAGAACACUGUGUUCAGUCAAUACACUCAGACACCUCAUCACCAAACAGAAAAAUUGACCUGCUUGAAAAAACUGAACAAGCUACAAUGGUGAACAAGGAAGCUAUAAUGAAUGAUCAAUCACAAAAUACGCUAUCAGAUAUUUGCAUGAUAGCGAGUUCAGAAGGUGGUAAAUUAUCGAAACAUAAUAAGGAUUCAAAAAAUCUUAAGUUUUUCCAUAAUCAUGGUAAUGUAAACGUUUUAAAAUUUUCUAUAAGUGAACAAGGAUUAGCUCAAGCGAUCCUGUUUAUAUGCUUUAAGCCUUUAAGAGAAGCACCUUCCUAG